AAAGUUCAGUAAUAAUAACAACAGUUGUAACUGUAAUAGGAUAGAAAAAGGGAUAUUUCCAGUGCUGGGUGCUCCAGGUAAACAGCCAAAGAACACACCAGGCUAUACAGACAACGUUAUUUUUAUACUAUAUAUUGCGGAGGUCCAUGCCUGUUCUUGUAUUUCAUGCCUUAUUCAAACAUUCUUUCGAACUUUCUGAUGUUGUGGGAACUCUUGUCUGACUUCUUCACACUCUAAUCUGCAUGACAUCCUGGGUGUCAGGUCAAUGUGUUUUAUUUUUUCUUGUGUCUCCAUCUUGCUGUUUCACAUACUCUGAUAAGGAUGUUUUCCGUAGUUAGAUGUUAGACGUUUAGUAUGUUCCCCUUAACUUUAACGUGGUAUUCUCUAAUUGUCCUCCGGUGCUCUGGUUUGUGUCACCAUUAUUGUAUGUCUUGGACAUCCUAGUCAAUGGAUGGCCUUACACUGUUUUUAGUUACACAAAAGCCUUUUUCACAUCUGAUGUUUUGCUCAGAUCUAUAAUACAGUACAUUCACCACACUAUUAUUUCCAUAAGUGAUACAUAGAUGUUAUAUACUUUACACUACUAUGUCUAUGAGCAAUACAGUGCAUACUUAAGCUGAUGGAUUAUAUUGUACUAGCAUCCAGCUAGAAAGAGUUAUAAUUGAUACUAUAUCGAAAUAGCUAUAAUCGCUAACAACAUGCAUGGGCUAAUAGGUAAAUGCGAAAGCCAAAGUUACCGGGUCGUUUUUCACCCGGGCAGGGCAGGGAGCCCCAGCGGCCGUGCCGGCUGAGCUCGGUGUCGCCGGGCUGCCAGGCGCCGGGGCAGGGAAUGCGGGGACAAUGGCGAGCAGCCGGCGCUGCUGGCUCCUGGCCCUCGGCAGGCGCACUCGGAGCCGCAGCUGCCCCGGGCCAGCAGCAGGCGGCAGCUCGCAGCGCUGUCAGCGCCUGUCCCGGCACGGAGCUGGGCUGCAGCGGCUGCGGAGCCCCCGGGCCGGGGCUGCGGGCACCGCGCAGCUCCCGCAGGCUGCGCUUGUCUCCGCAGCUGCUGCCGCAGCUCUGGGCAGCGGGGACAGCGCAGCCAGAGCUGGCAGCGCCCUCCUGAGCCUCGGGCUGCCGCAGGGCCGGCACCAGCAGCGACCUCUCUGCGUGUCCCUUGCAGGGUGCCAGCAGCGCGGCUGCAAAGCUGCUCCCGAGGCCGAGCUCCCAAAGGAUCUGUCAGCACUCCUGAUGGGUCGGCAGCAAGGUGCUGAUUGUUCCAGGCGGAGAGAUUCCGGCUGUGAGCAGGAGGAGAGUGAAUUGUGCUCCAUUCGUGGAGUUGUGAAUGAGCCCCAGCAUCCCCAGGAGGGACCAGCAGCCGGGGUUCCACACUCGCCUGGGGCACAAGAAGCCACUUGGCAUCAGCAGGGGGCUGCCACUUGUGAGCGAGCAGUGAGGGAAGAUGUGGAGAAUGGAUUCUGCACCAGGGAUGGGAGUGUGAGGGAGCCCCUGGAUCCCCAGGGCACAUCAGCAACCGGCAAUGAACACAAAAGGGACCUCAGAAGAUUGCUGGGUGAAUGCUUCAGGAGCCAUCCCGUGGGCACGGCGCUGCUGAUUCUGCUGCUCCUGGUGCUGCUGCUGGCUUUGGGGGUGGCCUUGGCUGUGCUGGCAGCAGCAGCAGCAGCAGCAGCACAGGUUCCAGUGACACCUGCCACUCCACAGUGUGUUCUGGGCUGUCCCCCUGGCUGGGUUGGCUACAAUGGGGUGUGCUAUUACUUGUCAAGGGAUUACAGCAGCUGGGAGCAGGCUCAGGAACGGUGCUCGGAGCUCGGGGCCUCCCUGGCCAUUGCCAAGGAUGAGGAGGCCAUGGGUUUGCUCUUCCGCCUCCGCGGGAACGGCGAUUACUGGCUCGGGCUGCGCAGACGGGGCGAGCGCCUGCACUGGGGGGACGGCAGCAGCUACAGCUCCCGGGUUCCUGUCCUCGGCAAUUCCGACUGUGUGUACCUGGCUGAGGAGAGAUUCAGGAGUGAGUUCUGCUCAAACGAGCGGCCGUAUGUCUGCAGCAGGGCCCAGGCUCCCCUGUAACUGGGGCUGCAGAAAGGACCUUCUCCAUGCUGGGCAGUGCCAGCUUCACCUCUCAGCCCAGCCCAGGGCUGUCCUUGCUCAGCUGCACCCUGUGCCUUGCCCUCGCUCUCAGGGUCACCUCAGUGCCUCUUCAUCCAUGCCCAGUGCCAGCGCUGGGCUGGGUGUGCAAAGGAAAAGGCUCUGCAAUCCAUCCUGCCCCCGAUGCUGCCUGGAGUGAGUGCAUUGCCCUCAUUGCACAACAAGCUCCAAUGGGAAAUCCAAAUCGCCCUGGGAUCUUGGAAAUCAUCACAAAGUGGCCAGAAUGUGACACUUUUCGACUGUCUUUGAAAGAGGAAGCACAGGUGACACAUGCUGAGGAGGAAUCCCACUUUUGGCAUCAGGCACCUGACUGUGGAGAAUAGUCUGCUGUCUGUCUGUCUGCUGUGAAGCAUCUGACUGUGGGAGGAAUCCCAGGCUGGAGCAGGACAAGGAUUUGUCUCCCUGCAGGAGAAGCAGUGACAUGACGUGACUGUAACCCCCAUCCCCCUGUGCCGCUGUGUGGGGAGGAGGGAGGGAGGGAACUGGGGACAAAGUGAAGCCCAGGAAGGAUAGAACAGUGUGGAGAAGGUGCAUUUUUUAGAUUUGGUGUACAUCUCACUGGCUUGCUCUGAUUUCUUUGAUAAUAAAUUCAGUUCAAUUUAACGCCCCAGCUCUGGGCCUGUUCAGCCCA